AUGCCAGAAGCUAACGUAAACGGAUCAUCAUCAUCAUCAUCAACCGGGCAACCAAGAUUCUUGGUAAGCUUGGAUGCUGAUCAUCCUCAUGCCAAAGCACCAACAAGAGGUAGUGCCUUAGCUGCAGGUUAUGAUUUGUAUGCUUCACAAAACGUAAUCAUUCCAAAAGGCGGAAGACUCGUCGUUCCUACUGGCAUUCGCGUUGCCAUUCCUGAAGGUUCUUAUGGACGUGUUGCACCACGUUCAGGUUUGGCCUCUAAACAUGGAAUCGAUUGUGGUGCAGGCGUGAUCGAUGCAGAUUAUCGUGGUCUUUUGGGUGUUUUGUUGUUCAACUUUGGCGAUUCAGAUUUUUCCAUCAAAAUUGGUGAUCGAAUCGCACAAUUGAUUUUAGAACAAAUCUUUACACCUCAAGUUGAAACUGUUGAAAGUCUUACCGAAACUGUACGCGGUGAUGGCGGUUUCGGUUCUACUGGCGGCUUUUCCGAUCCAGUCAUCAAAUCGAAAUCAUGCUCGAUUGUAUAA